AUGCCUUCUAAGCAAGUUCUUGCCGCCAAAGACGGCGCUGUUUACACCACCUCUAAUGGUGCACCUGUUGCUGAGCCUUAUGCUGCUCAGCGAGUAGGUCCCCAUGGUCCUCUUCUCCUACAGGAUUUCCACCAUAUCGACCUUCUUGCACACUUUGAUCGUGAACGUAUUCCGGAGCGUGUCGUCCACGCGAAGGGAGCUGGUGCACACGGCUACUUCGAGGUGACACACGACAUCAGCGACAUCACUUCCUCCAAGUUUUUCACUACCCCUGGAGUAAAAGCACGCACUACUGUCCGAUUCUCCACUGUCGGUGGUGAAUCAGGAUCAGCCGAUACUGCUCGUGACCCUCGUGGUUUUGCCAUCAAGAUUAGAACCGAUGAGGGAAACCUUGACUGGGUGUUCAACAACACACCAGUAUUCUUCAUUAGGGACCCUGCUAAGUUCCCUCACUUCAUUCACACUCAGAAGAGAGAUCCGCAGACACACUUGAAAGACGCUGAUAUGUUCUGGGACUAUCUCUCUCAGAACCCCGAGUCUGCUCAUCAAAUCACGAUUCUCUUCUCUGAUCGCGGGACUCCUGAUGGAUUCCACAACAUGCAUGGUUACUCUGGUCACACUUUCAAGUUCGUGAAGGAUAAUGGUUCAUUCGUUUAUGCUCAAAUCCAUCUCAUUGCCGAGGGAGGCUUCAAGACCCUCACGAAUGAUGAAGCCGGAAAAUUGGCGGGAGAUAAUCCUGACUAUGGCACUCAAAAUUUGUUCGAAACCAUCGAAGCCGGAAAAUACCCCACCUGGACUUGUUACGUUCAAACAAUGACGCCCGAACAAGCAGAGAAAUUCCGGUACAAUGUUCUCGAUUUGACUAAAGUUUGGCCUCACAAGGAUUACCCUAUGCGGCCUCUGGGUAAACUCGUUCUUAAUGAGAACCCUCAAAACUACUUUGCCGAGAUAGAACAGGCCGCAUUUGCUCCAUCCCACCUCAUUCCUUACUUCGAAGCUGCUCCGGAUCCCGUCCUCCAGUCACGUCUCUUCUCUUACCCAGAUACCCACCGUCAUCGUUUGGGCGUGAAUUACAGCCAGAUCCCAGUCAAUGCUCCCAUUGUACCCAUUGCGAACUUCCAGCGUGAUGGUUACAUGACGAUCAACAGCCAAGGAGCUCGUCCUAACUACCAGAGCUCUUUCGCUCCUUUGACAUACGUAAAGAACAAGGGCUCCAUUAAUGGCGCUGCGAGAGACUAUGAAAGGGAAGCUAAGCACGAUAACUGGGUCGGCGGUGCCUUCUGGGACUUGGCUGAGACCACCGAACUCGACUUUGAGCAACCUCGUGCAUUGUACAGAGAUGUCAUGAACGACACGGACCGAGACCACCUUGUCUACAACAUCUCUGUACACUUGGGUAACGUGAAGAGUGCUGAGGUCAAGGCCAGGACUUUGUCUUACUUCGCCUCUGUUGAUCAAACUCUUUCCGACCGCAUUGCUAAAGCCAUUGGUGCACCAACCGUCGGGCCUCUGAAAGUCAAACCCGCCUCGGAGGCUGUCCGCUUCAGGGCUGGCGUCGGGGCGUCCACUCAGUUCAGGCUCUAA